AAAAUGUGUUUUAUGCUGUGCUGUUUCUGUUGCAAGUCAAAAUGAAGGUGCUCGGUGUAUUUGCCUGCAUAUGUGUCCUCAUUGCUGCUACUUCGGCCCAGGAGCCAGAGGAGUUGGUUGGAAUAUUGGAAGAGUUAAAUCAAGUGGUGGCGGAAGGACUCGAGGAGUUAGCAACUAUCGACGAGGAUACAGGAAGAAGGCAAGCGAGGAGGGCGGGAGGUCGUAGAACAUUCGGGCUUGAUUUGUUUGGAGGAGGUGGUUUGGAAAAGCACUUACUUGAUGGGAUUUCUUCGGAUUUUAAAACAUUAGGUAUUGAUAUUGACAACGCGAUGAGCGGCCUGCGGUCUGCAUUGAACACUAUUGGCUCAUGGAUUCUUCCUGCAAGGAGGCAAUUAGAGGAUGACGGCGAGCCUGAAGGCGAGUUGAUAUCUGUUUUGGACGAGUUAGGAGAAACGGUAACGGAAGUACUCGACACUUUGUUACAAAUAGACCUGGCAGGGGGCGAGUCUGAAGGAAGGAGGCAAGCGGAUCCAUCUGAAGUGGAUGAAGUAUUGGACAACUUAGGCACAGCGGUACAAAAAAGACUUGAACAGAUGCUAGAAAUACCUGAAAUAGGCGAACAGGUAGAAGAAACACUUGACGAGUUGGUAGCUAACCCCGAAGAGGAGGAUCUUGAAGGACCACCGGAUGGCCGUCGUUUUUUCCUGAAAAAGUUACUUAGUAAUGUGGCGAAGUCCGUGUUCAAGGCUCACAGAAGAAGUAUUGACGAACCCAAACCCAGAAGUCGUCGUUUUUUAUCCCCGGAAAAGCUCGAAAAAGUAGUGAGAGCCGGUUUGGAAGCACUCCUUAAUGAUUCUGAAGAGGAGUCUGGGGAAAACCAGAUCAUCCACGUUGUCUACGAUGAUUAUAAUCCAAAUGAGUCUGAUGAGAAACGUCGCCAGAGUGAGAAUGAUAUGGAGUCCGCGACUUCAGUUGAAGAAGAGUUGAAAAAGUCGUAUCAGCAAGAUGGCCGUCGUUUUUUCCUGGACAAGUUAUUCGGUGAUGUGGCGAAGUCCGUGUUCAAGGCUCACAGAAGAAGUAUUGACGAACCCAAACCCAGAAGUCGUCGUUUUUUAUUCCCGCACAAGCUCUUUAAAAUGGCGAAGGACAGUUUGAAAGCACUCUUAGAGGAUUCUGAGGAGUCUGGAAAAGAGCAGAUCAUCCACGUUGUCUACGAUGAUUAUAAUCCAAAUGAGUCUGAUGAGAAACGUCGCCAGAGUGAGAAUGAUCGGAAAGGUGACGUAAAGGAACGAAAGUCAGACGAAAAGUCUCAUAGAUCAAGGCGAGACUCGCCGCCAAUUAACGAAACCGUGCAAGCAAUCUUACCUAUACUGGACGAAAGGUUUCCUAAAGUAAAACGCCAAACACUGCCAACUGAAGAAACCAAGGAUGAACUCACACCUUUACCGGUCGAACCGUCUAACGUCCGCGACAGACGAAACGCGGUUAGACGAUCAGUAUAGUCAAACCGGCCGGCUCGGAGCUAUAGUUUGUCCAUUUUAUUAAAAGUUUUUUUGACCGCUCGACGUCUGACAAGUUGCAGUGAUGUCCUAAAGGACGUAAUAAUCGAAAUCGCUUUUUUUUUUUUUUUGUAAAAUAUAUAAUACAAUAUUUAUUUUUGUAUUUAUUAAUACGAAAAUGAAUAUUAUAAUCGUAAAAAUCUAUUCAUGUUAAUAAAAGGAAUUAAACUACCUA